CAAGUGGUGUGACUCGACCAGAACACGUGACUCUUGCAGGCUGGCAGGCAAGACGGCGGGAAGCUCGUUUCGCUUGUUACACCGCUUUUGUGCUAAUGUAAAAUAGUGUUAAUAUCAGCCGUUUCGUCUGAACUCUUACAAGGGUGCGUCUUUUGUGUCGCUAUGAAACAAUGAACCUCGUUGAGUUCAAAGACGUGCUUAGCGGCGAAAUAGGAAGGUACGUCAAAAUCGUUGGACGCGUGGUGGAAUUUGAUGACCACCAAUUCAUGGUCGUCGUUGAAGAUGCCAGGCGGAACAAACUUCCAGUUCGCCUGCUGCCCACGGAGACGUGCCUGAACAUUCAUAGGUUUCAGAUGUUCAUCUUCAGUGGCCUCAUAGCACGGAGAUAUGAGAACGUAGACGAGCGCUGUCUACAAGUGCUAAACUUUAUGCAAGUUGACUAUGGGCUGAACUUGAAAGAAUUCGAAGACGUCCAAAGGCUCAGGGGAGAAGUGUUAGAAGAGUGUGUUGCCGUGAACUCCAAGGUUGCAAAUGAUGUGCUGUUGGAUCUCAGUGACAAAGUGGAAUUUAUGGUUGAGGACUGGGAUGAGUGCCUCGAAGUGGCUGUCAACCACUGUGACAGAAACGAGCGGUUCCCCUUGGACGAGAACAGUGUGUCCCUGGAGGAGUUUGUCUUCGGAAGCUGCGACGACCGUCGCCUCAAGUGCAUGAGGCCUCUGCCGUUCAUUUAUGAGGAUCUGGUAAAACAAGUGUUCCAGGCAGUCGGGGAAGAACGGUAUAUGUCGCUGGCUGUCAAGAGGUUUCUUGACAGGCUUGCGGGCUUAUAGCAGAAGCAUGUGUAAGCUUGAAUAUGUUUCUCUUUUGAGCAUUGUGCAAGCGGUAACCCCACAUAUGUGAUUCAGUGAUUGCCAUCUGUUGUCCCUUUACACUAUUUGGGAGCACAAGUUAAGUUUGUGUCUAUAAUAACUUAAUAGAGUGUUUAUACGAUGUACAGAAGCUAGAGGGGAGGGGAGGUCAAGUGCUGUCUUUGUUGUGUUUGCUAUCAUGGACAAAUUUGAAACGUGAACUUGGAGUUAUAAAGUUAGCUCUUAUGCGAGAUGCUAUGCUCCAGUUUGCUAUACAUAUCCAUUAGUCUAAAGUGGUGUGGGCACCGAAGUGAACAUGCAUGUAAAAAACCAUGUUGAAAUCACAUGAUGUGGCAAAUGUGGGAAUGAUAAGAAUUCGUUUCAGCUAGCCCAUAACAUGUUCAUGUUUAAUUUGUUUAUGAUCACAUUAUUACCACAUCUACAUAUUUUUCGUGUGAACCUAAACAUUUUACCAGCAAGUGUUGUUCAGUGAUAACCGUUUGCAAGUAACAGAAACAGUACAAGCAUUCAGUAUUUUUACACAAGAGAAACUUGUAUAUAUAUAUACUUUGUAUUUGCCGAACUGAUGGUUGGGCGAGUUGGUACGUGUUCAUGGUGAAAUUUGUAGCGCUCACAAUAGACAAGGACACAGUGAAGGUGGACACACGAGUGCUUACUCACAGCUGUUUAUUUUUGGAAAGAGACAGAACAUAAGUGCACCAGCUAUCUGCACUGAGCAUGUGCAAAACGAGUCAUCAGUUUUUACAUAACCAGAUUACUAAGGUUCAAGCCGUAUUCAAGAAUGCAAAAUUCUUUGUCAGUGAUUGCAACCGACGGUUGACUGAUGCAUUUUCCAGCACACCUUUUAAUACGGAACGCUUGCAUUAUUUCACGUUAGGUUUUUUUUUAUCAGAAAACAAAAUAUCAGUGUCAAAAAAUACUGGAUCACAAAGACAUAGCUUGCAGUUGUUAGACAAGUGCAAAUAAUUUUCUUUUCCGAGAGAAUGUUGAUGUUCUUUUAAACGGGUGUUUAUGCACCGACUGGUUUGUCCUAUGUAUAUCUUACCACAGGUUAACGGAAGCCGGUACACAACACCUAUUCUGCAUUUUGUGAAUUUUUUAUUGUCUUUAAAACCGCAGCUGCAUUUUCUUUCCCUAUUGUCAAACUUUUUUUAAACCGCUUGGCACAGUUCUUGCACCUUGUUAGGAGCGCUGAAAACCACUUCAACGCCAUACCGGCUAGCAACAUUCUUUAGCCCAUGGGAAAAAUAACAGAAGUGUUCCAUAUUAAAAGGUGUGCUGAAAAAUGCAUCAGUCAACCUUCACUGUGUCCUUGUUUAUUGUGCGCGCUACAAAUUUCACCAUGAUUACUGUGUAUUUGUUGGUUGUUGCCAUUUUCACUGUUGUAAGCAAGAACUGCAUUGCUGCGAUUGUGUGACAAAGUAAAUAGGUAUGUGGUAGCAUUUUACCUUUUCUGAUAAUGUAUGCCAAUGGAGGACUAUUCUAAUGUAUAUACACUUAUCUAGUUAAUUAGUUUCCUCUACAUUUUUCUGCUGUUAUCAAGCUUGAAUCUUGAAUCGUCCACAUCUAAUUUUAUAAUUUUCCUUUUUUUAUAUUCUAUUUAUGUUAAAGCCAGCUCAUUUCCAGAUGUGCAUUUAUUUACUCAGUUUUCAAUGUCAUUGUGAAAAUACUUUCAUUAUAUUGAAUUAUACAUACAUCUAGCUGUAUAAUAAAUGUAACAAGUUGAAUCUACGUUGUUCGCAUGUAGUGUAAUAAAAUAUACUUAAGUUUUUUACUUA